AGAAAAAUUUCAAACUAUUAUUUUAGUUUUAUCUACUCGUCCCAUAUUCUACCAUUGCUUCUAAAGAUUUGAUGUGUUAAAUUAUAUUUAAGUAUGUGAUUUAAUUCGUUAAGUAAGAGUUGAAUUUCAACUUGGGUUGAUUGUGGACAUGGGAUUGGAUUCAAAGUAUUGAUUGGUGCUUCUAAUUCUAUGGCAGGUAUUUUGACAUCAACCUCAAAAUCGAACUUAAAAUCGAAUCCAAAACCUGCGUUUCUUUGCUCUAAAAAAGACUUCGGCUUUGGUUUGAAUUCAUCUCAUCUCAAGCUCCAGUUACAUCUUUCUCAACAAGCUUCUAUUUACGCCAUACAUUUCUCUUUUUCUUUCUUCAGAUCCCCUAUAUAUACGCUGCUCCAUUUUGGAGUUUUUAACAAAAAACUUACUCUCUUUUUCCUGUUUGUUCUGAUAUAUUUUUCUUGUGAGCCUAUAAAAUGUCUUUCACCUCUUCUUUGUAUGUGUUUUUUUUUGAUCCCUCUUUUUCUCUCAUUUUUUCUUUUACUAAUACUUCAUUUCUGUUUGUAUUCCGCUCAUUCUCAUCAUUUUGCAAGAACCCUUAAUAUUCUUUUCCAAUUGCGAAAUCAAGUUUCCAUAGCUUUAAAAACGUUAUCUGUAGAUCUAAUCUUAAAACCUGAUGAUCCUAAACUAUCUUAACUGAUUUUUUACAUUAAUAACUGUCAUUAUCGAGCUAUGAAUAUAUAUGCAAUAUCUGAGAGAGUUCUUAGAGUACUAGUCAAUAACAUCAUUGUAUCUUUUUAAAGCAAUCGUUGAAUGCUUCGAUGAAUUUUAACAAUUUGAAUUUAAUCUUGAUCAUCAAAAUAUAUAUAUUGC